AUGAUAGAGAGGAUACAAUAUUUAAAAGAGUUUAUACAAAUUAUGAUUGCAAAUGACCCCAAAUUAAAAAAAAUUAGUUUGAAUAAUUCUGUUUGGCAGAAAGUUGAAAUUCUUGUAAAAACUUUAUUACCGGCCAAACUUUGUACAAAAAAACUUCAAAGUGAACAAUUGACAUUGUCAGAUUUUUAUAGUACAUGGAUUUCGUGCAAAAUUGAAACACGUACACUAGAGAAUCCAUUUUCUAAUAAAUUAGUAAAAUGUAUGGAAUAUAGGGAACAAUUUAUCAUGAAUAAUAAAGAGUUAUUGGCAGCAAUAUUUCUAGAUCCCCGUUUCAAGGUAACAUUAAAUAAUAAAAUAAACUCAAAAGAUAAUCAUGAAAGUAUGGAAGACCAAAUGGCUGAAAGUGAUAAUUUCGAAUUUAAUCAAAAUUCUGAUCCUCUUGAACAAUUUUUGCAAGAAAGAGAAAGCGUCGAAGUAGUAACAUGUUCAAGCCAAAAUUCUACUUCAACAUUUUGGAAAUCAAUGGAAGACACAUACCCAGAAUUGUAUAUACUUGCUAAAAUAGUGUUUGCUGUGCCUUCCACACAAGUUAGCGUUGAGCGGCUAUUUUCAGGACUUAAGUUUAUUUUAUCGCCUUACAGGAGUAAUAUAACGUCCAAAAAUUUAGAAAACCAACUAAUAGUUCGAACAAAUAGAUUGUUUGAGAAGAAAAUUAUAACAAAAGAAAAGAAAUCAAUGAAUAAAAGUGAAAACAAAGACAAUAAUGUCAACGAUUUUUCUGAGCUCACUAGUACAUGUAGUAUCAGUAGUACAAGUGGUACUGAUGUAAAUACAAUCCAAAUAACUUUAUCACAACGACAACCUCUUUUAGCUGAAUUACCUGAAUGCAACAAGAAAUUUACUUUAGAUCUUGGGGAUUUAAAUUCUGGACCGAUAAGACCAAUAUAUUGA